AGGUAACACCCACCAGGUAUCUAGAAACUUCUUCCUGGUAGAUUAUAAAUAUAGCUUUAAGUGCAGUAUACUAGCCAAACCAUUGCCACUCUUGCAUGAUAUUUCUGAGAGAGACAGUCUUCAGGCUAGAAUAAACACCUCAACACAAGUAAUCCAGGUUGCAUUUGAUCCCUCACUUCACUGGUUGACAAUCCUGAUUUGAUGAAUAACAUUAAGAUAGAUGGUAAUAUAUUCUGUGAAAGAAAAAUUAAAAAAAAACACUCUGUCGGAUGGGUUGUAGAACAAUUUUGCCCAACAUGGAAAAACUUUCUCAUUGCGGGCCUCUUCCAAUUACAUCUUCAAAUGUAGGCUUAGAUUAUGGGAACCGUACCAUUGAAGCCCUAUUAAAAAUGUCCAGUGACACAGACGAUGAUGAAGAUCAGAGUUUUGAACAAUCAAAAGUUGGUGACACGAGGAACAAAAAUUUACUCUGUCCUUCUGAGUCAACACCAAUGCCUCCGGUUAUACUACAUAGUCAGACUACAAAUUACAAAUUGUACUGUUCACCUAUGUCGCAAAGUUCAGCAUCCAAUAUGGUACAGUCUCCAACAAAUCAACCUGUCUCGUUAAAAACUCAUGGUAUACUGUCACCACCAAUGUCCUCAUCAUUAUCAUCAUCAUUGUCAUCUGUUUCCUCAUGGCCUAAAAAAUCAACAAAAUAUUCAAAGGAAGAUUCUUUUACAAAGUUUAUAUCUGAUAAGCGUCAAACCUGUUCAAGUGAUGAACAGAGAAAACCCAUUGAGGUAAAUGUUACAACACCUCGUUUGGAAAAGAGACCAACAUAUGCUAACCUUAGCAGUAUUCAUAGAACUGAGGCUAAUGAUGAAGGUAAUGCCGAACCUUUGUCUACUUCAUCCUUAUCAAGUUUAACUGAUGGUUACCCUGCUUUCACAGGGGACACCUCAGACUGCCCUUAUGGUCAAAAUUAUAACAAACCACGUGGUCUGAGAAAGUUUGAAUAUCAUUCACACUAUAUAAAACAGUGUCGAAUUGAGAAAACUGCUCGCACCAAGAAAGUAUGGGAGAGAUCACCAAAGCGACAGCAAGUUAUCUCUCGCAAAAGAAAACUCAUCAAAAAGUGUCAGUUGGAGAAUUACAUGGAACAAAACACUCCAGUGUCUGCUCACCAUGAACGGAAGAAAAAAAUGUUUCAUAGCAACAAAUAUUUUUGUUGCCUUUCUAGCCUUUGGUUUUCUAGUCGCAAAAGAAGAAUUGUAAAUAGUAAUUUAAAAUCCAAGAAUAAUUCCAGAAUCAAUUUUCUGAAACUGCUGAUCUCUUAAAUGAAACAAUUGGUCGUCUUGGC